AUGAGCGCUCAGCCCCACGAGCGCUCAGCCCCACGAGCGCUCAGCCCCACGAGCUCUCAGCCCCACGAGCGCUCAGCCCCACGAGCGCUCAGCCCCACGAGCGCUGAGCCCCACGAGCGCUCAGCCCCACGAGCGCUGAGCCCCACGAGCGCUCAGCCCCACGAGCGCUCAGCCCCACGAGCGCUCAGCCCCACGAGCGCUCAGCCCCACGAGCGCUCAGCCCCACGAGCGCUGAGCCCCACGAGCGCUCAGCCCCACGAGCGCUCAGCCCCACGAGCGCUCAGCCCCACGAGCGCUCAGCCCCACGAGCGCUCAGCCCCACGAGCGCUCAGCCCCACGAGCGCUCAGCCCCACAAGCGCUGA